AUGAGCUACAAGAGACGAGUUAUUUUGUUAAUUUACGCUGGCCCGUCGGAAGUCCACUUAACCUCUCCAGAGUCGAACCGCCUAGAUCAAAUACUCUCACCGCCCACCGCUAUACUCUAUAAACAGACUGCUGCACUCCCAUCGAGUAUCCAAAAAAGAAACUCUAGAGGGUGGAACCGGUAUUGGGAGGAGGGCGGUUUCGUUGAUUUAACAUCUUCUUCGAAUACGAAAGCGGACGAGCUCCAGCGACGUAUCAUCUUAUCCCAAUAUCAUCUUCGAGUUAACAGCGCAGCGACGGGUCAGUCACCACAAGAAAGUGGAUUGAUGAAUAACGGGUGGUAUGGAAAGUUUCACAUGGAAAUGGUUGUUUGGCAUAAUGCCCAUUGGUCGACAUGGGGUCGACAGAAGUAUUUUGAUAAUAUCUUCCCUGGAUUGUACGAGACUCUGUUACCUUCGUCGAUGGCGAGAGCAAAGUCAAUGGGGUGGGAGGGAGCUAGGUGGCCAAAGAUGACCGAAGUUGACACCGGAGUUAGCUCGCCGGGUGGCAUCAAUGGUCUACUUUUAUGGCAACAGCCUCAUUCCAUGUACAUGGCAGAACUAGCGUACCAAGCUUCUCCUAGACGAGAGACUUUGAAAAGAUGGGAUGCCAUCGUAAGCGCCGCUGCCGAUUACAUGGCUUCCUAUGCUUGGAAAAAUGCGAGUUCGGGGCGUUAUGACCUUGGCCCGCCUAGUUACGGAGUAACAGAGAACACGCCUCCAGCUGAAACGCUGAACCUAGCUUAUGAAAUUGCAUAUUGGAGAUAUGGACUAGAUGUUGCGCGCGAAUGGAAGAGAAGACUAGGCAAACGCAUUCCUGAAAAAUGGACAACCGUCGCGGAGAAUCUGGCUCACCCACCCCAAGCUGGUGGCCUGUACGCUGUCUAUGAGGGUCUAAAUAGUUCCUGGUGGGAAAAUCCUAAACUUAACGGAGACCCUCGAAGCCUCAUUAUGCUUCAAGGUAUUCUUCCUGACACGCCAGCAGUUGACCCUAGCGUUGCGCUUAAGACGGCGGAUAAGAUCUGGGAAGUAUGGACCGAUGACAAGAUCCGCGGGUGGGGCCGACCCGUAUUAGCGAUCAACUCUGCUAGAAUUGGGAAUCCAGAGCGUGCUAUCUAUCACAUGACAGCGUAUGACUAUUGGAUAUUCGAUGACGCAGGAUUUGCUGUGCGAGAAGGUGAUGGUGGCACCCCUCCUCCAUUUAUGCCUGGUAACGCAGGAUUCCUUUAUGCAGUCGCGUACAUGGUUGCCGGUUGGAAUGGAUCCACGGAGGAUGCUCCGGGUUUUCCCAAGGAUGGAACUUGGACUGUUAAACAUGAAGGUUUACUAAAGGCGCUUUGA